AUGGCUUCAGGAUCCUCUUCAUCAUCAAAGUCGCCUGCGCUACCAACCUCACUUGCUCCUGCUCAACACAAUCCAAAUGCAUCUCGUGUUGUAGCGCCAUCUCCGCGCGCUCUACUGAAUGAAAACAGGUAUGUCUGUGAAGUAUGCUUAAAAGGGUUCCUAAGAAAGCAGAAUUUGUCACUUCACCGACGAGCCCACAAUCUUCCAUUCUGUCUCAAGUCAAGGGCACCAAAGGAUCCGGUUGGAAGAAAGGUGUACCUAUGCCCUGAGCCCACCUGCCAACACCACAACCGCUCUCGUGCCUUAGGAGACUUUGGUGGUCUUAAGAAGCAUUAUUUACGGAAACAUUGUACUCAAAAGAAUCAUAAGUGUGACACCUGCUCCAAGAGUUAUGCUGCUGAGACUGACUUGAAAGCGCAUUCAAAGGUUUGUGGUAAAAGAAAACAAAUUUGUCAUUGUGGCGCUCGGUUUACAAGGGGUUACAACAUUGUUUCACACCAAGAUUGCUGUACCAUACAAGAACAUAAGGCUGCAGUCGGCCAUUCACCAAAACUCCAGAUGGGUGACAAAUCAGGCAAGAAUAAGUUCCCAAUAGGCUCAAGUUCAUCAUAUGCACCAACAUAUAACUUGGAAGGCAGCUCAAUGAAAAGCACUAGUGAUGACAACCACAGCAACCUCAAAGGCUUAUACACAUCACAUUCAGAUCCUAACAUAUCCGCCGUCCAAAAUCUGUCCAAAUCCUACGCUUCUGGUGCACUUUACCAGUCUCAGUUGUAUCCAUCUGAAAAAAGCAAUGGGAGCCUUAUGACUGACACUUCCAUCGGCUUAAACUUGGGCCAGAUAUUUCCUGAUUUCUUUUCUCCAUCAUCAAGUCAACAAAACCAACAUAAACUUCAAGCAGAUUCCGAUAUGAGGUUUUAUGCUGAUCUGCUAACGGACAAAAUCCCAUUAGACAAUGUGAACCAUAUGGGAGAUGGUAGGAAUAUAUAUGGAAAUGGGGAUGGAUCAAAUUCAAAGUCAAGUGGGGGAGUAUACAACACUAAUAGUCUGAAUGGCAUGCCGAAUUUUGUAUGUGGAGAGGGAUCCUCUAGUUUCAACCAAGAAUUUGAUGGCAGUUAUGAUCAAGGAAGUUACUAUAGUUAUGGUGAAUGCAGUGGACAGUCUGACUAUGGAUAUGGAAUGGAAGUGUCCAACUUUGAAACAUCAGCUGCAACAGGAGGGAUAGCCCCAUAUGGACAGAUCUUGAACCAAUUCCGUGGAUUUUGGUUUUGA